AUGGACAACACCAGCACCAGCACCAGCACCAGCAACACCGGAGGAGGCCUGGGCAAGCUUCUGGCCAAACGCAGGCGAAGGGUCAAGACGGGAGGCCUGGACUCGGAUGCCUCAGGGCGGGAGGAUGGCCGCGACUUUGCGCGGGACAGUGACGAUGCGGCGUCGCUCAACGUUGGCGAUGACGAUGAGAUGGACAGCCGCAGCUUCGGGUCCUACGAGUCGGGGGGCGCCGAUGCGGACGGAGAGUCUGAGCGAAGCAGCUCUCGCCCCCCACUGGCUCGUGCGACCACGACAUCAGUUCUGGCAUCUCCCGUCGUGCAGGUCACCGACUUGGACCCUCGCGGCGAACGAGAACGACGACCGUCUCUUCUCUCUCGGCGCCUCCGCCGUGGAUCCUCCAGGAGCACGUCUCCGAAUGCGUCCAAGGAGGCUCUAAGCGAGAUAGCGCAGCUCCCCGAACCACCAGCCGCCGCGAGGACAACAGCCUCCCCUGAGAAGCACCCGAUACUCUCGCCCUCGAGGCUCACGACUUCGGCUCGACCGUCCACCAGCAGCGACAAUUACCGCCCCGUCAUUGUAAACACGCCGCCCACGCCCGUCGAGAGAACAAACCCCCUCGCUCUACACUUGGACAAGAAACUACCGCCCGUCAUUUCAGAGCCCGCAUCAGCUGGGGAUGCAACGUCCUUUUCCUCUUCCUCUUCUUCCCAGGGUAUAAGCGCGCAUCGAAGAACCAAGUCGGGAUCUGCCAGCAUCGGGCCCAGCAAACUAUCCAACAUCACAACUGCUCCGCUCUCACCCACCCCUGAGAUCGGCGAAGUCCAACCCCCGAACUCCGCGGGUUUCUUCUCGUCCAUGUUCUCGGUUGCCCAGAACGCUGCCAGCACGAUUAGUAGCAACAUUCAGGGCGGUGGCAUUGGCAUUGGAGGAAACAAGAGUCGGACGAAUCAGGCGUCUAAGCCACAGUCACCCCCUGCCACAAGCCAAGCAGAAGGCGACCGUGCAGAACCCCCACCAUCCGAGGCUCACUCAAGCUCCGGAAUGGAUAAAAAGGAGCCGGCAGCUAAGACGAUUGGUACCGGAGAACUUAGUUUGAGCCAACUUGGUAUUAUGGAACCGUCAGCAGCCAUGCCCGCCCUCGAAACGUCUCGAUUUCCCGAUCUCAACGACACGCGGGCGCGGUCCGAGUCUGCUCCAGCAGCAGAAAGCCAACCUCGACUCGGAGAUGACAUUGUCCUCGACGAGUCCCCCAGCAGGCCCAGGUCGCUAUUUGAAGCGGCCAAUGGCGAGGAGGGCGGCUCGCAGUCUGAUCAGGCCGAUGGGAAGGAUGAGAAGAGCGACUCGCAAAGGAAACGGGGAAGCUCGACAGCCACCACAAACACGGUCGCGCCGCCGGCGCCAGCUGGCCCAGCUCCAAAGCUCACGGGAUUCGCCAUUGCUAGUAAAAAGAGGAACCGCGACUUCCACACAUUCUUCAAGAGUGUACCGGAUGAUGACUACCUUAUCGAGGACUAUAGCUGUGCGUUGCAGAGAGAGAUUCUCGCGCACGGUCGGUUAUACGUCUCAGAAGGCCAUCUUUGCUUUAGCAGCAACAUUCUCGGGUGGACAACGACAUUGGUCAUGAGCUUUGACGAGAUUGUAUCCGUCGAGAAGAGAAGCACUGCGCUCGUCUUCAAAAACGGACUCAUGAUAUCAACUCUCCAUGCCAAACACAUAUUUGCCAGCUUCACUAGUAGAGAUGCUACAUACGACUUGAUUGUCAACAUCUGGAAGCUUGGCCACCCCACGUUGACUAGCACUCUCAACGGAGUUCGUCUAGAGGGCACCGGCGGUGACAAGACCGAAAAGCUUGACGUCGAGGCCGGGGGCCUGGAACCAGAGACGCCAGCCGGAUCUGACUCUGAAGGGGACAGCGAUGAUGACGACGAUGAAGAUUUCUACGAGGAGGACAGCGACCGAGCCCCCGAGCCUCAGGCAGCAGACGCCAGCAGCAACGGCGCAGACAGCGGCAAGCCAAAUAGGAAAGCAUCCGGCGCUGUCGCUCCCAGCGCAGCUGUGAUUGAUGGGGCGGCAGAGGGGCAGGCCACCGCAGCCGGCGCCGGAACGUUCCCGGGCCCUGCGACUCACGCUCCGACCGAGUGUGGCGACGCCGAUACGCACUAUGACAAGUUCCUGGCCGACGAGAUCAUCCCAGCCCCGUUGGGCAAGGUAUUCAGCAUGCUGUUUGGUGAAUCCUCUGCCGAAUGGAUGGGCAAGUGGAUUACGGAAAACCAAAAGUGCUUUGAUUUGCAGAUGGAGGACAAGAAGGGCAUGGGUCCAGACAGCCGCACCCGCGGAUUCACUUAUAUCAAGCCGCUGAAUGCCCCGAUUGGCCCCAAGCAGACAAAGUGUAUCGUCACCGAGACCGUGGACAAUAUCGAUUAUGAAAAGGCGGUUAACGUGAGCGUGGCGACGCAGAACCCCGACGUCCCCAGCGGAAACAUUUUCCGCGUCAAGACCAAGUACUGUCUCUCGUGGGCUGAGAACAAUGCCACUCGUGUGCAGGUCAACUGCACUACAGAAUGGAGUGGCAAGAGUUGGCUCAAGGGUACCAUUGAGAAGAAUGUCAACGAAGGCCAGGCCCAGUACUGCAAAGAUUUAUUUGCAGCCCUGAAGGCGGCUGUUUCUACCCGACCGCGGUCCGCUACUAACGGAACCGGAGUUGCAAAGGGCAAGAAGAAGGGCAAGAAGAGCAAGGCGCUGCAAUCAUCAACCGAAUCCAUUAGCCCAAGUGCACGCGCCAAGAAGGAAGAACCAAACUGGGGCCUAUUGGAACCGGUGCGCCCGAUCCUGGAACCCAUUGUCGAUAUCCUCAAACCGAUCCUCACGGGCAAUAUCGUUUACGGGCUCCUCGUGGGGUUGUUGGUUGCGACUUGGUUUGGGUUUGGCCUCACGCCCAACAACAAGAGCCCCGCACCGUUUGGGCAUGAACCCGCCAUGCCGAGCGCAUAUCGUCUUGCGGCAUACGACGAGAUGUGGCGCCGGGAAGACAGCGAGCUCUGGGACUGGCUGGAAGAGCGGGUGAGCCUGGAGCGGCUUUCGGUAGAACGGUCGAAUGCUCGCAGGCGAGAGGCAGACCCGCGAACGUUGGAAGACAAGCUGAGAGAAGAGCGCAUGGACGAGCGAGAAGUGCAGGAAGCGAUUCGAGUCACGGAGGAGAAGCUCAAGGUGUUGAGAGAAGUCAUGGCGAGAGGCAAGCUGCUAUAA